AUGGGACAAUCUGUGACCACCCCUCUAAGUUUGACCUUGCAGCAUUGGCGAGAAGUCCAGGACACCGCAGACAACCAGUCCGUGGACAUUCACAAGAAAAGAUGGGUUACAUUCUGUUCAUCUGAAUGGCCCACUUUCAAUGUGGGCUGGCCGUGGGAUGGAACCUUUGACAUUAAUACUAUCUUACAGGUCAAAGCCAAAGUGAUGGACCCCGGCCCCCAUGGGCAUCCUGAUCAGGUUGCUUACAUCGUGACCUGGGAGGCCCUGGCUUACGACCCCCCUCCCUGGGUCAAGCCAUUUGUUUCCCCAAAGCGUCCCAUUCCAACUGCCCCUCCCGCUCCUACUUUGCCUCCCCCUCUCCUUCCUACCCCGGCCGGGCCCCCCUCUCGCUCUUCCCUCUAUCCUGCCCUAACCAAAUCCUCACAGAAAAAGGAACCACCAGAAUCCAAGACUAAGCCACCUCCGCGCGUCCUGCCUCCGGGGGACGACCUCCUGGUGGACUUGGUCACGGAGGAGCCACCGCCGUACCAGGAGCAGCUCCCCCCCGCCCCGAGUCCAAUGAGGCAGAGCCGGCGGCUCCCCGGGAGAAUGAGGACGCCUCCGCGGAACCACCUGAGCCCUCUCCGAUGGCGAAUCGGUGCGACUGGCCAGCUGCAAUACUGGCCUUUCUCCACCUCAGACCUUUACAACUGGAAGAACAACAAUCCCCCUUUUUCUAAGGAUCCUUCUAUGUUAACUUCCUUGAUUGAGUCUAUUCUAGUUACACACCAGCCAACUUGGGAUGAUUGCCAACAACUCUUGCAGACUCUCCUAACGUCUGAAGAAAGACAGCGGGUCCUCCUGGAGGCUCGGAAAAAUGUUAGGGGAGCUGAUCACCGCCUGACCCAGCUGCCCAAUGAAAUUGAUGCAGCAUUUCCCUUAGAACAUCCAAACUGGGACUUCACCACCCUUGAAGGUAGGAACCACCUACUCCUCUAUCGCCAGUUGCUUAUAGCGGGUCUCCAGGGGGCCGCUAGACGCCCCACCAAUUUGGCUCAGGUAAAACAGAUUAUUCAGGGUCCUGAAGAAACCCCCUCCGCUUUCCUGGAGAGGCUUAAGGAAGCCUAUCGCAUCUAUACACCUUAUGAUCCAGAAGAUCCAGGGUUGGAGACGAACGUUUCCAUGUCCUUCAUUUGGAUGUCAGCCCAAGAUAUUAAAAGAAAACUCGAGAGAUUGGAUAACCUAAAAGAGAGCUCACUUCGAGACUUACUCAAAGAGGCUGAAAGGAUUUUUAACAAGAGGGAGACUCAGGAAGAGAGGGACGAACGGCUCAAGAAGGAGGCAGAGGAAAGGGAUGAAAAACUAAGAAAGCAGAAAAAUAAGGAAAUCAGCAAACUCUUGGCCACUGUAGUCUCAGGGCAGAGACAGGAUAGACAGGAGGGAGAUCGAAGGGGGCCCCGCGUAGACAAGGAUCAAUGUGUCUACUGCAAAGAAAGAGGACACUGGGUCAGAGAUUGCCCAAAGAGACCAAGAGGACCCCGAAAACCAAAGCCCCACACCUCCCUUCUAACUCUGGAUGAUUAGGGAGGUCAGGGUCAGGAGCCCCCCCCCCUGAACCCAGGAUAACCCUUGAUGUCGGGGGGGCAGCUAGUCACCUUCCUAGUCGACACUGGGGCUCAGCACUCUGUGCUGACUCGGAACCCCGGACCCCUGAGUGACAAGUCUGCCUGGGUCCAAGGAGCUACCGGUGGAAAAAGAUACCGAUGGACAACGGAACAGAAGGUACAUCUGGCCACUGGUAAGGUGACUCACUCCUUUCUUCAUGUUCCCGACUGCCCCUACCCACUACUAGGAAGAGACUUACUUACCAAAUUAAAAGCCCAAAUAUACUUUGAAAACUCAGGGGCACAGAUCGUCGGGCCCCAGGGGCAGCCCCUACAUGUACUGGCCUUGAAUUUGGAGGAUGAAUACCGGCUCCACGAACCACCUGCCAAAUCUGACCCUCUAAUCGAGUCCUCUUGGCUAACUAAAUUCCCUCAAGCAUGGGCAGAGAUUGGGGGCAUGGGGCUGGCAAGACACCAAGCUCCCUUGAUCAUAUCUCUAAAGGCCACCGCCACCCCCGUGUCCAUCAGACAAUAUCCCAUGUCUCAUGAAACAAGAGAGGGAAUUAGACCCCAUAUACGAAGACUCUUGGAUCAGGGAAUACUAACACCCUGCCAGUCCCCAUGGAACACCCCCCUAUUGCCUGUCAAGAAACCAGGGACGGGGGAUUUCAGGCCGGUACAGGACCUGAGAGAAGUUAACAAACGGGUUGAAGAUAUACACCCCACGGUCCCUAACCCUUACAAUUUGCUGAGUGGACUAUCCCCAGCCUAUAGCUGGUACACUGUGUUGGACCUAAAAGAUGCGUUCUUUUGCCUGAGACUUCAUCCUGAGAGCCAGCAUAUAUUUGCCUUUGAAUGGAAGGACCCGGACUUGGGAAUUUCAAGACAGUUGACCUGGACAAGGCUUCCACAGGGAUUCAAAAAUAGUCCCACCCUGUUCGAUGAGGCGUUGCAUAGAGAUCUCGCUAAUUUCAGAAUCCAGCAUCCAGAACUGAUGCUGCUCCAAUAUGUGGAUGACCUCUUGCUGGCAGCCACCUCAGAACAGGAAUGCAGGGAGGGCACCGAGGCCCUAUUGCAGACCCUGGGAGACUCUGGCUACCGGGCCUCCGCUGAAAAGGCCCAAAUUUGCCAGAAGCAGGUCACCUACCUAGGGUACAUGAUCAGGGAAGGACAAAGAUGGUUAACGGAGGCCCGAAAAGAGACAGUCAUGAGAAUGCCAGUGCCUCGAUCCCCCCAACAACUGAGGGAGUUCCUAGGGACAGCAGGAUUCUGUCGCCUCUGGAUACCUGGGUUUGCGGAGAUGGCAGCUCCCUUAUACCCUCUCACUAAGCAGGGAACUCUGUUCACCUGGGGUGAAGACCAACAGGAGGCAUAUCAAAGAAUUAAGGAGGCUCUACUAACUGCCCCUGCUUUGGGGCUCCCUGAUUUGACCAGGCCAUUUGAGUUAUUCGUAGAUGAAAAGCAAGGCUAUGCAAAAGGAGUUCUAACUCAGAGACUGGGACCCUGGCGACGGCCGGUGGCCUACCUAUCAAAGAAAUUAGAUCCAGUGGCAUCCGGGUGGCCCCCUUGUCUCCGGAUGGUAGCAGCUAUAGCAGUCCUGACAAAGGACGCAGGCAAACUAACUUUGGGACAGCCUUUAACUAUUUUAGCCCCCCAUGCAGUGGAAGCGCUGGCGCUCAGGAUGGCAGAAGGUAAGAAGCUUAAUGUUUAUACUGACAGCCGAUAUGCUUUUGCCACCGCCCACAUCCAUGGGGAAAUCUAUCGGAGAUGAGGACUGUUGACCUCUGAGGGUAGAGAGAUUAAGAACAAACUCGAGAUUUUGGCUCUGCUUAAAGCCCUGUUUUUGCCCCAGAGACUGAGUAUCAUGCAUUGUCCUGGCCACCAGAAAGGGGACAGUCCAGAGGCCAGGGGCAAUAGACUGGCUGAUGAGGCUGCCAGGCAGGCUGCUCAAGAAGCCAUUUCGAUGGCCUUGCCGCUACAACAGGAAGCAGAGACAGAAAGGACCAGGGACCCUAUCCUCUACAGUGACAAGGACUUGGAGCUCCUAUCCUGCUUAGGAGCAACCUAUGACCCUAAAACUAAAAAUUGGAAAUGCCAAGGAAAAACUGUCAUGCCCAUGGCCUUUACCUAUGAACUAUUGGAACAGUUGCAUAAAAUGACUCACCUGUGCCCUAAAAAGAUGAGACUCUGGAUGGAUCGAACGGAAAGUAACCUUUAUUUAUUGGGCAAAAAUGAUGUCUUACAAAAGAUUAUGGAUGAAUGUCGAGCCUGUGCCCAGGUCAAUGCUGGGAAGAUGAAGCUAGGACAGGGAACACGGGUGCGUGGACACCGCCCCGGAACCCAUUGGGAAAUUGAUUUUACAGAAGUUAAACCAGGGCUAUAUGGAUACAAAUACUUGUUGGUUUUUGUUGACACUUUUUCUGGAUGGGUGGAAGCUUUCCCAACCAAACAUGAAACUGCAAAGAUCGUGACCAAGAAACUAUUAGAGGAAAUUUUCCCCAGGUAUGGCAUGCCCCAGAUGUUGGGCACUGACAAUGGUCCUGCCUUCGUCUCCAAGGUAAGUCAGCUGGUGGCCAAGUUACUGGGGAUUGAUUGGAAAUUACAUUGUGCAUACAGACCCCAGAGCUCAGGACAGGUAGAACGAAUGAAUAGAACAAUUAAGGAGACUUUGACCAAAUUAACGCUUGCAACUGGCUCUAGAGAUUGGGUGCUCCUACUCCCCCUAGCCCUCUACCGGGCCCGGAAUACGCCGGGAUCACAUGGACUCACACCAUUUGAAAUACUUUAUGGGGCGCCCCCACCUUUUAUCAAUUUCUUUGAUUCCAACAUUUCAGAUUUUGCUAAUAGCGUUUCUCUCCAAGCCCACUUGCAGGCUCUCCAGAUCGUGCAGAGAGAGGUCUGGAAGCCGCUUGCAGCAGCCUACCGGGAACAAUUGGACAAACCUGUGGUGCCACAUAGCUACCAGAUCGGGGACUCUGUAUGGGUCCGUAGACACCAGGCCAAAAAUUUGGAACCUCGCUGGAAAGGACCUUACACCGUGUUGCUGACCACCCCAACAGCCCUAAAGGUAGACGGCAUCGCAGCCUGGGUACACGUAUCCCACGUCAAACCAGCUCCCCCACCAUGGAGAAUCCAGCGCACUCAAAAUCCUUUAAAGAUAAGACUUGUUCAUGGGCAAUCCUGA